UUUUUUUUUUUUUUUUUUUUUUGAAACACACCAAAAUCAUACCUUCAAAGACACAAAAAAGGACUAAUUAGAAAGAGCACAAAAUUUAUGCUGCUUAGCUACUUUUUGUAUGAUAAUUACAAGAAUGCAAACCUAAAAAUCUUUCUACACCUCUCUCACAAUAAUUGCUUUACGAGAAUAAUUUACUAUAUUUUAUAUUCUGAAGCCUACUAUAUGGGAAAUUUCGAAAUAUAAAUGCCCAAAACUCUUUCAAGAGAUCAUAUAUAUUUCUAGAGCUUAAUUAUCAUUUUUCAGAUCACCUAAAGCUUAUCUAUCAAAAGCCGAAAAUACAUAAGUUUGUGGUACUUGGUUAAUUGGAGUAUGGGGAUACAAGAUAUCAAAGUUGAUGCAAUGUCAAAGAAGGCUACCCCAGGAAAAGCAACCAUUCUAGCCCUUGGUAAAGGUUUCCCUCACCAACUUGUAAUGCAGGAGUUUUUGGUUGAUGGAUACUUCAGGAACACCAAUUGUGAUGAUCCUGAACUCAAGGAGAAGCUUAAUCGCCUUUGCAAAACAACAACAGUGAAAACAAGGUAUGUGGUAAUGUCAGAAGAGAUCCUAGAUAAAUAUCCAGAGUUAGCAAUUGAAGGCCGGCCCACUGUAACACAAAGGCUUGACAUUUGUAAUGAGGCUGUGACCCAAAUGGCAAUCGAGGCCUCUCAGGCCUGUAUUGCAAACUGGGGCAGGCCCUUUUCUGACAUAACCCACUUGGUAUAUGUGUCCUCGAGUGAGGCCCGUUUGCCCGGCGGAGACAUCUACCUUGCCAAAGGGCUUGGGCUCAAGCCCGAAACGAAUCGGGUUAUGCUUUAUUUUGCAGGUUGCUCAGGUGGUGUUGCGGGGCUCCGAGUGGCCAAGGAUAUAGCAGAAAAUAACCCAGGUAGCAGGGUCUUACUUGCAACUUCAGAAACAACAAUUAUAGGGUUUAAGCCACCAAGUGCUACUAGACCAUAUGAUCUAGUUGGGGUGGCAUUAUUCGGAGAUGGUGCUGGGGCAAUGCUAAUCGGAUCAGACCCAGAUCCUAUCAUCGAAAGACCACUUUUCGAGCUCCACACAGCCAUCCAGCAUUUCUUACCUGAUACUGAGAAGAUCAUUGAUGGUAGGCUAACAGAGGAGGGCAUAAGUUUCAAGCUAGACAGAGCAUUACCUCAAAUAAUUGAAGAUAAUAUAGAAGAUUUUUGUGGUAAGUUAAUGGACACUAUAGGGUUGUCUAACAAGGACUACAACAACAUAUUUUGGGCAGUGCACCCUGGAGGACCGGCAAUCUUAAACAGGCUCGAAAAAAGGCUCGAUUUGUCACCGGACAAAUUAAUUGCUAGCCGACGUGCUCUGGCUGAUUAUGGUAAUACUAGCAGCAAUACAAUUGUGUAUGUGAUGGAGUAUAUGAUGGAAGAAAGCAAAAAGUUGAAGAAUGAACCUAAGAAUGAUGAAGAAUGGGGCUUAAUAUUGGCUUUUGGUCCUGGUGUUACAUUUGAGGGUAUUGUUGCUAAGAAUCUUACUAUGUGAAGAAAUAUUAUGUAGCACUUAAUAAUGUAUGUGCAUCAAAUGCUGGCCUGGUUAUUGUUAUAAUGUUACAUAAAGUCUGAAACUGCUAAGUUUCUUUACUGGUUUAAUGUUCAAUUGCAUGGCCGAUUGAAGUUGACUAUAUUGUAACACUAUUGUGCUUUGUACCCUUUACAAAACCUUGAAAGUAUAACGUUACACAAUGGCAGAUCCAAGAAAAUAAUAAUAAUGGUCAUUUGUAUAAUUUUAUGAGGUAA